AUGGGGCAAAAAGGGGUGCAAAGCAUAUUUCUUGGUCUUUUGAUACUUGUGAUAUCAGCUGCUGCUGAUGUUAAGCACUUGAACAUAUGGCCAAUGCCAAAGCAGGUGAAUCAUGGGCAUGGGAGUCUUUAUCUCGGGAAUGAUUUCGAACUGAAGACUGAUGGAAGCAAAUAUCCCGAUUCUUCAGGGAUUCUCAAGGAUGGAUUCUUGAGAAUAAUUGAUGUUGUCAAAGCAACUCAUGUUAUUGAUGCCAAUUUUUCCCAUUUCAAUCCUUCUCUCUUGCUAAAAGGAAUUCAUAUAGUUAUCUCGUCGCCUUCUGAUGAGUUACAGCAUGGUAUAGAUGAAUCAUACAAGCUAAAUAUCCCUGCACAGGGAACUCUACUUUAUGCUCAUAUUGAGGCACAAACAGUUUAUGGAGCUUUGCACGGGCUGCAGACAUUCAGCCAAGUAUGCUAUUUUAACAUUACGACUAGAGCAAUUGUGGUCCAUCAGGUUCCAUGGACCAUUGUUGAUCAGCCAAGGUUCUCAUAUCGAGGGCUUUUGAUUGAUACAUCCAGGCAUUAUCAACCUUUGCUGAUGAUAAAGAAGGUUAUUGAUUCUAUGUCAUAUGCCAAGUUGAAUGUGUUGCACUGGCACAUUGUAGAUUCACAAUCUUUCCCCCUUGAGAUACCGUCGUAUCCUAAACUGUGGGAUGGUGCAUAUUCAAUUUCAGAACGGUAUACAAUCGAAGAUGCUGCCGAAAUUGUAAGUUAUGCUCAGAGACGAGGAAUUAAUGUAUUGGCAGAAAUUGAUGUUCCUGGACACGCUCUCUCUUGGGGGAUCGGUUAUCCUGAACUAUGGCCGUCAACAGAUUGUAAGGAGCCACUUGAUGUCAGCAAUGAGUUUACUUUCAAAUUGAUAGAUGGGAUUCUUUCAGAUUUCAGUAAGAUAUUCAAAUAUAAAUUUAUUCACCUAGGAGGCGACGAAGUUAACUCUACUUGCUGGGAGUUGACUCCUCAUGUCAGCAAAUGGUUACAAAAACAUCACCUGAACAGUUCAGGGGCAUAUCAGUAUUUUGUGUUGCGAGCACAGAAGAUAGCUUUGUCCCAUGGAUACGAAAUCAUAAACUGGGAAGAGACUUUCAACAACUUUGGCAAUAAGUUGAGCCGGAAAACUGUGGUCCACAACUGGCUUGGGGGUGGUGUUGCUCAGAAAGUGGUUGCAGCCGGGUUGCGUUGCAUUGUAAGCAAUCAAGACGUGUGGUAUUUGGAUCAUUUGGAUACGACUUGGCAAGAUUUCUAUCUAAAUGAGCCUCUCACUAAUAUCACUGAUCCCACUAAACAAGCAUUAGUCCUGGGGGGUGAGGUAUGCAUGUGGGGUGAACAUAUUGACGGGUCUGACAUUGAACAAACCAUAUGGCCGCGUGCUGCAGCAGCUGCAGAGAGGCUAUGGACACCUUACGACAAUCUACCUAAGGAUACAGCACAAGUCGCAGGCAGAUUAGCGCAUUUUAGGUGUCUUUUGAAUCAAAGAGGAGUAGCUGCUGCUCCAUUGACUGGGCCAGAUACUAUCGGCACCAUUGAGUCUAAAGGUGAUGUUAUCAUAGUGGAGAGCGACCGAUCGGCUGAUGUGAGGGACCAGAAGGUUCCCCAAUCUAAAGGAAAAGAAGUGGUUUCUACUUGUACUCCAAAGGAAAAGCUUUAUCAUUGGCUUCGAGAAGCAGUAGAUGCUCAUGGUAAAACUUCUGAGCUUGAUUUGCCAUCGACUCUGUCUGCAAUAGCACAAUCUGUUCGUGUCUUUUUGAAGAAGACGAAGAAGAAGAAAAAGAAGAGGAGAUCACAUUUAGCCAAUCAGGACUCUCAAGUGGUUACCAGUGACUGCCAAGAUAGCCACCCUGGAGAACAUGUUUGUUCGUCAUCCGUUCUUCUAGAGCCAGCCUUUCCUCUGCAUCCAAACUCAAGUGACGGUGUUUCAGGAUUCCCUAGGAUUGAGUCAAACUUCAACACAACUUCUCUCAAUCCGAAAAUGACGAGCCUAUCAUCUUCAUCUGGGACAACUACAAUCAAGAAAGUGACUGCAGUGAGCGCUCCUCAAUGGCGACAGCGGCAAGAAAGAGGGUAG